AUGUCGACAGUUCUAGGAACAUUCAUCGUCCUCACCAUAUCCAUUCUUUUAUUUGUGACAUUGGGCAAGAGACAGCAAACCCAUUCCACAUCAAAUAACCCAGCGUUAUGUCGCCAAAUCAUUGCCGGCAUGUUGAAACACGAAGACCAACCGAAUAUCCACUCACCACACCAGGCGAAAGCGAUGGCUAAUAGACACCUUUCCAUUGCAUUUGGAAUCGAUAAUGCCUUCACCCGAACAGAUAGCGUCCACGCCAGCAUGUUCGUCGAGAAAGUCAAACCUUUGAUCAAUCUAUCAUCGAAGCAGUGGCACGACGUAUCCGAGUUCGCCAGAGUCACAGCCAGCCACUGGGUAGAGCAUGGCUUCCCGGGACUUGAUCACAGCGGCGGCUGCAGUUGUCAUGAGGGAAAGCAGAACAUUAGCAGCAAUAAGACCAGUGUCGAUCGCAAUCAAAUCAACGUCGCCAGUCUAGCACAAAUACUUUCAUUGAAAGUACAAAGGCCUCAAGACCAGACAUGUGAUGAGAACCUACUGAACUUAGCACAGUCCAUAAAUCGAGUCUGGAUAUUCUCCAAGCUAAAACCCGCCGAGAACGAUAUUCCCAGAUUCGAAGACGAUGUAUUACUUCAAACCUCGCUAGUCAAUAUCUUCGGGAAACACGAUCUCCCAGAGGAUAACCCACUAAACCUCAUCCUCCCUUCCUUCGAGACAAUGUGGCGUGUCGUCCUACGAGCCUUCCUAGAGAUCCGGUUCGCGACUGGGAAAGAAGUACCGGCAUGGCGAGACACAAUGAUUGCUUUCUCUAAGAACCCUACGAAACCACAAUUCGACGCAUGCCCCACAUCCCCGUCCGGCAAUGAGCCUAGAAUAGGUGAUACACACGGUGUUCAGAGUUCACCUAGUGAAAAGCAUAUAGUCCUUGAAUCGCUUCGACUAUACGUGCCCACGAGACACAUACAUCGAGCGUAUCAGUGGGACCGGGGUAUGGGGACAUCUUAUGAGAUAAAAUCCGCUGAUAUCGAGGGGUGUCAUCUGAGGUCUGAUAUCUGGGGUUCUGAUGCAAGGAGAUUCAACCCGGAUCGUUGGUCUGCUCUUACGCCGGUGCAGGGAGAUGCGUUUAUGCCUUUUGGAUGUCCGCCGUUUGAAUGUCCUGCUAAGCCGACUUUUGGACCGAGGAUGAUUGGGGUUUUGGUUGGUGCUUUGUUGGCAGCUUUGGAGGAUAAGGAACAAGGAAAGACUUGGACUUUGGAUUGUGAGGAUGUGAGUGUGUUGGAACACAUUACGUCUGGGAAGAAGUUGUGUCCGCAUAGGAAUGCCUAUACGGAUUUGUAUCUAGUACGGUCCAUGGAGUAG